UGGAUUGAGUUCUUCAGCAUGCGCACAGGUCCCGCACUUUCUAACGUCUUGAGCCAUUCUUUCUGGUCCUUUUCGCUGCCUCAGUUGAGCUUGUCAGAGCCAGCCAUCCGACAUGCUUUGGUAGCAUUGGGUUCUGCCCAUGCACGUUUCGAAGCCGAAGCUACCAAUAAUCAAGCAGUACAAGAUGCGAUACAACCCGAUUUUACCCUGCGCCAUUACAAUGAGUCUAUCAAACAACUGAAGUUGUAUCUCAGCAGGGAAUCCCAAUCACUUGACAUCGCUUUGUUAUGUUGUCUCAUGUUCAUCUCACUGGAAUGUAUCUACGGAAAUCGUCUGCUGGUCAUCGAUCACCUCCAGAAAGGACUGAAUAUGCUCAAAUCGUCGCUAGUACAGGAUGAGGAGAACGAAGCUUCCUCGAAUGCCAUUGCCAAAUCCAUCAAGCAGGAGGUUCGUCCACUGUUCCAUCGAUUGGACUCUCAAACCACCUUAAUGGGCUUUUCAGGAUCUAACAUGUUUAAUCACAUGGAUAAGUUGUUGGCUUUAUCUAUACCAAGGUCUUUUGACGGUUUUGAGCAAGCCAAAACUUCUCUCGAUCUGCUUAUUGCUUCGAGUCUCAGUUUUAUUCGCUCGGUCCACGACGGAAAGCAUGCCGAAGACGGUUCUAUCUCCCUUUCGGGACGGACGCUGCAGAUUCAUCUGUUAAGCGAAUUCUCCAUCUGGAAGAACAGCAUGGCGAACUACGUGAAGUCGUGUAACACAUUCACAGACAAUGACAGCCGGAUAGAGAAAUCGCUUCGAACACAGCAUACAGCCACCUUCGUAUGGCUGGCACGAUGCACCGAGCUAGACGAAUCUGGCUUUGAUGCUUAUCUUCCUGAGUUUACGGCCAUUGUCAGAUGGUCACGAACUCUGCUUACACCGAUCUCGGAGUCGAAAGAGUGGUGCUUGCACUCAAGACUGGCUUCACUCUCAGUGUCCAACGUGCCGAGAUUUUCGCUCAACAUGUCCUCGAUCCCGCCGCUUUAUCUUGUCGCCAUAAAGUGUCGCGAUCCAGUCAUAAGACGCGAAGCCAUAUCUAUGCUCGAAGAAAUGAAUGGCCGCGAAGGCCUCUGGGAUGCUCGCUUGCAUGCGAAGGCUGCCAGGAGAUGGGUAGAAGUGGAAGAA